AUGCAGUCCAAAAUUGAAAGUAAUGUAAUGCCAUAAUUGGUUCCCAUCAUAGUAAAAGUAUGAUUUCUUUAGUGAUGAUCUAAAAAUUAAGAAACAUCUAAAUUCAUAGAAGAUUGGGUAGAUAAAGAGGAGUUUGAAAUAAAAGUCACAUAGCUAUGCUUUGUAAUGUUUUCAAUUUGAAAAGCAUAUUUUGACAAAGUUAAAUCUUAUAUGAUUCACAUGGAUGAAUGUCAUCAUAUAUACCUGACGUGACUUAGUUGUUGUAUAUUAAACCACGCAAAUAUAAAAUUUAUAAAACUAGAAAAUACGAAUUUUCAGAUAUUUAGAAGUAUUUCUAAAUAAAUAUAUCAAUUAUAAUUCAAUAAAACUUCCAAAAAUAGCGGUAAUUUCCCAGGUCAAUCACAGGGAUGUAAUAUAAUAUUUUGUAAUUAUUCAGAUUUUUUCUCAAUGAAUACGAUUUUCUAUGAGUUUUAUACUAGGAAAUGAAAAGGAAAUAUAUUUAAAAUUCACGAAAAAAGGAAAUAAGGGUGCGGACGUGAGGAUGACGUAAGCGCCCGGCGAAUGCAAAUCGGGCGGAAACAAAGUUCUGCUCGGCGAUUCGUACGUAAGCAAUUACAGACGAUUUAAUUAAUCAAAUUAAGAUCUGUAAAAGCCGGAAGAAUUGUAAUUGAACGAAGUAUAUUUUGGUAAAUUCAAAUCACACAAAGUAUCACUAAAUGAAGCGUAAAUUAAAUUGAAAGCAGGAAAACAGAGUUCCGAUGUCGCGACGGCGAUGCACCAGAAUCCUGAGCGUUCGGGAGGAUCGUCGUGCAGUGUCCACAGCCUCGAAGGCUCUCCUUGGACAAAGACGACGUGGGCAAUCUCUAGAUCUUCUCGUGAAGUCUAGAGAUUAAUGAAAUGGAUCGUCAAGUCGUCUCCGACGGUUGUCACCUGACGGAGCGGAAAAAUGGCAACUUUGCGGCUCUCCGGCGGCUGUCACCCGACAGAGAGGAGCUGAAUGGAGGUAGGGCGCGUGUCAGGGAGCUUCAUCCUCAAGUUCGCGCAGCAAGAGGAGGCUCUUCAUCGCAUCUGGUAUGCUCUCAGGAGGUGGCGACUCGUCUCCCGGUGGAUCGUCCUCUUCCCGACGACGGCUUGUUCGUCAAUCAAUCGGAGAUGAUUUACUCAAUGGAUUGGCGAUCCUUUUAUCGUGAAUCGUUCAGGAAUUUUAGUAGCAAUGCUCCACGAAUCGCGUUGGCGAGAUUUUCGCCGAUGAUCCAGCGAUUCUCGUUGCUUAAUCCUUCACCAGCGAUCUACAAGAAAGUCGCGAUAAUCAGGUAAAAAUAUAUGAAUUUUGACUCUGGGAGGAUUCAAACCCGCGCUGGUUGUCCUCCCCUUCUGAGGAAGGUGUGACGCGGGUUUAGUCCCACAUCGAUUGUGUGUCGAUUUUUCAGGCGAAUAUAUAGUAAUGUUAGCUUUCUAAGCGAAGUCCCUUCUCUCGCGUGUACGACCACUCCUUGCCCCACAGUCGGCUAGCCACCGGUGACGUGGAAGGGGAGUGGCGCACACGUGCCCCUAUCGGUCCAAGCCACUCGAGCCCCUGCUCGCGACUACUCCCCGACUAAGCUUUUGACCCGCUUGCGGGCCUGGCUGGCCAGCGGGUCCCACCUCAUUUUGUCUUAUUUUUAUUUCUUUUUCUUCAUUUAUCUCAAAAGCAAGACUGUAAAAAUCAUAUAAAUUCAUGUAAAAUCACAUAAUUACCGAAAAAUUCACAUUCAUCAAUUGAAAACCACUUUUCACACUUUAACACAAGUAUAAGUCUAUUUAUCAUGAGUUAAGGCUAAAACUAUAUUAUUUACUAAUUAUUAACUCAUGAUAAUGAAGACUUAUGAAUACCUUUUAUACAUUGCACCCUCUAGAUGUUUUCCUAAACUUGAAGCAAAAUGUAGCCAUCGUCAAAUCUUGUGUGCCACUCCCCUUCCACGUCACUAGUGGCCAGCCAGCUGUGGGGCAAGGAGUGGUUGUACACGCGCGAGAAAGGGACUUGCUUAGAAAUCUAACAUUACUAUAUAUUCGCCCAAAAAUUUGGUGCACAACCGAUUUGGGACUAAACCCGCGUCACCUUCCCAAAAGGGGUGGGGCAACCGGCACAAGUUCGAAUCCUCCUAGAGCCAAAACUCAUAUUUUUUUAUCUGAUUAUCGUAACUUUCCUGCAGAUCGCCGGUGAAGGAUUAAGCAACCAGAAUCGUUAGAUCAUCGGCAAAAAUCUCGUCAAUGCGAUUCGUGGAGCAUUGUUACUAAAAUUACUGAACGAUUCGUGAUAAAAGGAUUGCGAAUCUAUCAAGUAAAGCAUCUCCGAUUGAUCGACGAAAAAGGUGUCGUUGGGAAGAGGACGAUCUGCCGGGAGACGAGUUGCCACCUCCUAAGAGCGUACCAAAUGCGAUGAAGAGCCUCCUCUUGCUGCACGAACUUGAGGAUGAAGCUCCCUAACAUGCGCCCCAUCUCCAUCCAGCUCCUCUCCAUCGAGUGACAGCCGCCGGAGAGCCACAAAGUUGCCGUUUUUCCACUCCGCCGGGUGAUAGCUGUUGGAGAUGAUUCGACGACCUAUUUCAUUGAUCUCUAGACUUCGCAAGGAGAUCUAGAGAUUGCCCACAUUGUCCUUGUCCAAGGAGAGCCUUCAAGCCCGUGGACAUUACAUGACUAUCCUCCUGAAUGCUCAGGAUUUUGGUGCAUCACCGACGUAUCACUGCCGCAACGCCGGAACUCUCUUUUCCUACUUUCACCUUACUUUACGCUUCAUUUAGUGAUAAUUUGUGUGAUUUUAAUUUACCAAAAUAUACUUCACUCAAUUACGAUUCUUCUAGCUUUUACAGAUCUUAAUUUCAUCAAUUAAAUCGUCUGUAAUCACUUAUGUAAGAAUCGUCGGGCGGAACUCUGUUUCUGCCCGAUUCGCAUUUGCCGAGCGCUAACGUCAUCAUGACGUCCGCACCCUUAUUUUCUUUUUUGUGAAUUUUAAAUAUAUUUCCUUUUCAUUUCCUAAUAUAAAACUCAUAGAAAAUAGUAUUCUUUGCAGACAAUUCUGAAUAAUUACCAGAUAUUAUAUUACAUCCCUGUGAUCAACCUGGAAAAUUACUACUAUUUUUGGAAGUUUUAUUGAAUUAUAAUUGAAACAUUUGUUAAGAAAUACUUCAAAAUAUCCAAAAAUUCGUAUUUUCUAGUUUUAGAAAAUUUAUAUUUACGUGAUUUAAUAUACAACGACUAAGUCACAUCAAAUUUUUGCGCCGUUGCCGGGGAUGUAUUGCAUACAUUUAGUAUUUUUCUGUUUUUCUCUUAGAGUACACAAAAAAAAUUAACUCUUGUUUUAUUUUUUUCUUGUUGAAAUUUUUUUUUACAAAAAGGGAACGAAAAGAAGCAAGGCAACGACUGAAGCAUACUGAAAGAGGGUAACUGACGUGACUUAGUCGUUGUAUAUUAAAUCACGCAAAUCUAAAAUUUAUAAAACUAGAAAAUACAAUUUUUCGGAUAUUUAGAAUUAUUUCUGAACAAAUAUAUCAAUUAUAAUUCAAUAAAACUUCCAAAAAUAGUAGUAAUUUUCCAAGUCGAUCACAAGGAUGUAAUAUAAUAUUUGGUAAUUAUUCAAAAUUUUUCUCAAUGAAUAUAAUUUUCUAUGAAUUGUAUACUAGGAAAUGAAAAGGAAAUAUGUUUAAGGGUGCAGACGUCAGGAUGACGUCAGCGCCCGGCGAACGUGAAACGGGCGGAAACAGAGUUCCGCUCGGUGAUUCGUACGUAAGCGAUUAUAGACGAUCUAAUUAAUCAAAUUAAGAUCUGUAAAAGUCAGAAGAAUCGUAAUAGAACAAAAUAUAUUUUGGUAAAUUAAAAUCACAAAAACUAUCACUAAAUGAAGCGUAAAGUAAGUUGAAAGUAGGAAAACAGAGUUCCGGCGUCGCGACGGCAAUGCGUCGGCGAUGCACUAGAAUCCUGAGCGUUUGGGAGGACCGUCGUGUGGUGUCCACGGCCUCGAAGGCUCUCCUUGGACAAAGACGACGUGGGCAAUCUCUAGAUCUUCUCGCGAAGUCUAGAGAUUAAUGAAAUGGGUCAUCAAGUCGUCUCUGGCGGCUGUCACCCGGUGGAGCGGAAAAAUGGCGACUUUGCGGCUCUCCGGCGGCUGUCACCUGACGGAGAGGAGCUGGAUGGAGGUGGGGUGCGUGUCAGGGAGCUUCAUCCUCAGGUCCGCGCAGCAAGAGGAGGCUCUUCAUCGCAUCUGGUACGCUCUCAGGAGGUGGCGACUCGUCCCUCGGCGGAUCGUCCUCUUCUUGACGACAACUUGUUCGUCGAUCAAUUAGAGAUGAUUUACUCGAUGGAUUCGCGAUCCUUUUAUCGUGAAUCGUUCAGCAAUUUUAGUAGCAAUCCUCCGCGAAUCGUGUUGACGAGAUUUUCGCCGAUGAUCCAGCGAUUCUCGUUGCUUAAUCCUUCACAAGCGAUCUACAGGAAAGUCAAGAUAAUCAGAUAAAAAUAUAUGACUUUUGACUCUAGAAGGACUCGAACCCACGCCGGUCGCCCGCCUCUUCUGAGGAAGGUGUGACGCGGGUUUAGUCCCACAUCGGUUGUGCACCAAUUUUUCAGGCGAAUAUAUAGUAAUGUUAGCUUUCUAAGUAAAGUUCCUUCUCUCGCGUGUACGACCACUCCUUGCCCCACAAUCGGCUGGCCACCAGUGAUGUGGAAGGGGAGUGGCGCACACGUGCCCCUAUCGGUCCAAGCCGCUCGAGCCCCUGCUCGCGGCUACUCCCCGACUGAGCUUCUGACCUACUUGGGGGCCCAGCUGGCCAGCGGGUCCCCCCAUUUUGAAAUAUUUUAGUUUUAUUCCUUUUUCUUCAUUUAUCUCAAAAGUAAGACUGUAAAAAUCAUAAAAAUUCGUAUAAAAUCACAUAAUUAUCCAAAAAAUCACAUUAAUCAAUUGAAAACUACUUACUUUAACACAAAUAUAAGUCUAUUUAUCACGAGUUAAGGCUAAAAUUAUAUUAUUUACUAAUUAUUAACUCAUGAUAAUGAAGAGUUAUCACACCCCCCAACUUAAAUCAUUGCUAGUCCCUUAGCAAUGGAAUUACGAAAAUAAAAAAUUUACAAAUCUCAAACAUCAUAUUUGAAUAUAGAAAGAAAAAAAAAUACAAUUAGAAAUGAUUCACCUUUAGACACUUUGGAUUCUUAUACCAAGUAUUUAAGAAUGGUGUCAAGCACUUAAAUGUUUAAACACUCCUUGGAAUAACAAUCUAGACUUCACUUCUUCUAUUCAUAUCUUUAUCACUUCUUCACUCAUAGAUGUAUUUGCAAGAUGUUUCAAUUAUCAAUACUCAUCCAAGAAUAAUAUUGAUCUUACAUUUCCCUUUUUCUAUGGCUUGAUUUUUGAAGUUUGCACUAUAUUUCUUCUUUCUUUAUAUAUAGUGGAUAAGUAGCUUUUCCUAUAGACAAAUUUCGACAAUAAGAAUGAUGUCUCACACCCUCCAUGUGUACUCUUCAUUUUCAGGGCUUUCACUUUAUCCACUUAUUUUGCAGCAAGUGUUUUUCUAUACACAAUUUUCGACAAUGAGAAUGAUGUCUCACACCUUCCAUGUGUACUCUUCGUUUCUAGAUUUUUCAUAUUGCUCUCUCUUUUUUUUUUUUUUCGAAAUAAGUGAUUUCUCCUCACAAGUCCUAUAGAUCUAGGUGCAAAAAUCUCUGUUAAACUCAAAUGAUCAAUUAAAUUUUCACAUCAAGUAAAUAUUAUCCAUCAAGAUCAUGAAGUGAAAAUCUAUAAAAUCAAAUCCAUGUUAUCUAUCAUGUAUCCAAAGAGUAUUCCAACAUUUCAUGCUACUAGAUUAUUCUUUUGACUCAAUAAUAAUCUUCCUAGUAUCUUUUGGUAUCAAUCAAUCUAAUUGAUUUAAUUUUUCAUGCAUGCAAUAUGAUGUAAGAAAUUUGUAAAUUAGAUAGUUCUGACAGUUCUGUUUUUUGUUUUCAGUUCUAUUUUUAGCAGCAUUAAAUUUGUCAAAAAUAAAUCAAAACUAUCCUCUUUAUAGCUUUAAUUUCGAAUUUCAGUAAUAUAUGUCUAGGGGAUUGAAAUGUGAGAAAAAGGUCUCUAGAAUUUCAAAUUUUGGGCUGUUUUUUGUCUACUGUUUUUGAUAGUCUGUUGUUCCUGAUAGAAAACUAGAAAAUAGAUGUUGCAGUUUUUCCGAAUUUUAUUUUAUUUUUUAUUUUUUUAGUUGUUGUUCUAAGUUGAAUAAAAUGCAAACACAUGUUCUUAAUCGUCUUACAGCAUAAAUUAAUAAUGAACACUUCACCCCCCAACUUAAAAAUGACAUUGUCCUCAAUGAAACAGAAAAAUCGAAACAGAAUAUGCAGAAAAUAUAAUUUUCAAGUGAAGCAUGCAUAUAUGCAAAGUUUAGCAUUAAAAUGUUGUCAUAAAUGAUAAACCUCCGAAAGACAUCACCUCAACCUCAUUUUUAAUUUUCCACUUCAUCUUACAUGCCUCCUCCUGCACUUUUUCGAAAAAACAAAUACAGAAACAUGUACUGCGAAAUUCUAAGAAAAACAGAGCUUAAAAAAAAAUCAAACAAAAUGAAAUAAAAACCAUGGGUUGCCUCCCAUGCAACACUGAAUUUAAUGUCUCCAGCUGGACUCCUUGAUCUUACUCUUGAAUUUCUUUUAAUAAUAAAAUUUCUUUUUCUGCAAGGCGUUCAUGUUCUAUGUAAUGUUUAAGCCGCUGUCUAUUUACCUUAAAGUUAUGAUCACUUUUAGGAUCUUUAAUCAUUACAGCCCCAUGAUCAUAUGUCUCUUCCACCACAUAAGGCCCUUUCCAUUUUGAUUUUAAUUUUCCUGGGAAUAAUUUCAGCCUAGAAUCAUAUAACCACACUUUUUGUCCAACAUCAAAUUUUUUUCUGCUAAUGUAUUUAUCAUGAAAAUUUUUAGUUUUUUCUUUAUAUAUUCUAUGAUUUUCAUAAGCUUCAUUCCUCAACUCCUCUAGUUCAUGUAGCUGAAAAUUCUAUGCCCACCAGCUGAUUUUUCAUCCAUACAUAAAUUUUUUAUAACCCAUAAUGCUUUAUGCUCUAUUUCCACAGGAAGAUGACAUGGCUUUCCAAAAAUGAGACGAAAUGGGGACAUACCUAUGGGAUUUUUAUAAGCUGUUCUAUAAGCCCAUAAUGCAUCUUGUAAUUUCGUGGGCCAAUCUUUCCUAUCUAGUCUAACUAUUUUUCUCAAAAUUAUCUGAAUUUCCCUAUUUGCUACUUCAGCUUGCCCAUUUGUUUGGGGAUGAUAUGGAGUUGCUACUCUAUAGUGUACUCUAUUCUUUUUCAACAGUUCCCUGAAAUGUUUAUUUGUAAAAUGUGUUCCUCCAUCACUAAUAAUCACUCUAGGACAUCCAAAUCUCGAAAAAUAUUUUCCUGCACAAAUUUUAUCACGAUUUUAUGAUCAUUAGUUCUAGUAGGAAUAGCUUCCACCCACUUCGACACAUAAUCAAUAGCAAGCAAAAUAUAUUCAUAUUUUUCAACUGAUGGGAAGGGACCCAUGAAAUCUAUUCCCCAUACAUCAAAAAUUUCGACUACUAACAUGUUACUCAUGGGAAUUUCAUCUUUUUUACUCAUGUUACCUAUAGAUUGGCAUGAAAUACAUGUUCUACUAAAUUCUAUAGAAUCUCUAAUGAUUGUAGGCUAAUAAAAACCACACUGAAAAUUUUUUGCAGCUGUUUUUCGUCCAGAGAAAUGUCCUCCACAGUUAGAUGAAUGGCACAUGUUAAUAAUGCUAUGGUAUUCUUCUUCAGGAACACAUCUCCUUAAAAUUUGAUCAUUGCCCAAGUAAUAUAAAUCAGGAUCAUGCCAAAAAUAAUUUCUAAUCUUAGAAAAGAAAUGAUGUUUUCUGUUCUUAUCCCACUUUUCUGGAGUUUUUCCAAAAACCAAAAAAUUAACAACAUGUGCAUACCAUGGUGAUGGUUGAUGUUGAGCUGCCAUCAAUUGUUCAUCUAGAAAUGCGUCUUGUAAAGGUGUUGCAUUUAUUCCUGUGUCACUUAAUCUAGAAAGAUGGUCAGCAACAGCAUUCUUGAAACCUUUUUUAUCUUUUAUUUCUAAGUCAAAUUCUUGUAACAAUAAAAUCCAUCUUAAUAAAUGUGGCUUUGCAUCUUUCUUAUUUAAUAGAUAUUUUAAUGCUACAUGAUCAGUAUAAAUAAUAAUUUUAGCUCUCAAAAUAUAUGAUCUAAACCUUUCUAACGAAAAUACUACAGCUAACAACUCUUUUUCAGUCGUGGUAUAAUUUAAUUGAGCAUCGGAUAUAGUUUUACUAGCAUAUGAAAUUACUAUGGGUUUUGACUCUUUUGUUUGUCCUAGAAUGGCCCCCACUGCAUAAUUCGAUGCAUCACACAUUAUUUCAAAAGGGAAUUGACCAAUCAGGAGCUUAUAAAAUGGGUGCCUCAGUAAGUAAUCUUUUUAUUUCGGAAAAAGACUCAAAACAUUUUUCAUCAAAAUUAAAAGGCACAUCUUUAGAUAAUAGCAUGGUGAGAGGUUUAGAAAUCUUCAAAAAAUCUUGAAUAAAUUUUCUGUAAUAACCUGCAUGACCCAAGAAAGAUCUAAUCUGUUUUACUGAAUUUGGAGGUUUCAUUUUAGAUAUAAUAUCAAUUUUUGCUCUAUCCACCUCUAAACCCCUUUUACUCACAAUAUGACCCAACACAACUCCCUCUUUAACCAUAAAAUGUGAUUUCUUCCAACUCAAAACUAAUUUUUUCUCUAUGCAUUUCUCAAGUACAUGCUGUAAAUGAUUUAAGCAUUCAUCAAAUGAUUCACCAAAAAUAGAAAAAUCGUCCAUAAAAAUUUCCAUGCAUUUUCCAAUCAUAUCAGAAAAAAUAGACAACAUACAUAUUUGAAAUGUGGCUGGAGCAUUACACAAACCAAAAAGCAUGUGUUUAAAAGCAAAAGUACCAAAUGGACAAGUGAAAGUUGUUUUUUCUUGAUCUAAAGGGUUUAUAUAAAUUUGAUUAUAACCAGAGUAUCCAUCUAGAAAACAAAAAAAGUUUUUUCCAGCUAAUUUUUCUAGAAUUUGAUCAGUAAAUGGUAGGGGAAAAUGAUCUUUUCUAGUAACUGAAUUUAAUUUUCUAUAAUCAAUGCAAACCCUCCAACCGGUAGUUAAUCUUGUUUGUAUUUCAUCCCCAUUUUUCAUUUUUUAUAACCGUGAUCCCUGAUUUUUUUGGCACUACUUGUGUAGGACUAGCCCAUUUGCUAUCUGAAAUAGAAUAAAUAAUAUCAACAGCCAGCCACUUUAAAAUUUCUUUUUUUACAAUUUCUAUCAUGUUAGGAUUUAAUCUUCGUUGUGGUUCCCUACUAGUUCUGGCCCCCUCCUCUAGAUAUAUACUAUGCAUACAUACACUCAUAUCAAUGCCCCUUAGAUCGUCCAUUUUCCAGGCCAUAGCCUUCUUAUUUUUUCGAAGUACAUCUAAUAAUUCUUCUUCCUGUUCAUCACUCAAAUCAGCUGCAAUAAUAACAGGAAAUGAAUUAUUUUCCUCCAAAAACAUAUAUUUUAAACUAGAGGGAAGAGGUUUCAACUCUAAAUUCAGAUGAUCUUCCUCUUUCUUUUCUCUCAAAUUUAUAUUCUCUAUUUCCUCUAAUUCUUCCAGCACACAGUCAUCAAUAACAUCUGGAUCAUCAAAAUCAUCUAGAAGAUCUAUGGUAUGACAAUCAUAUACUUGUGAUUUCUUAAGAUCAUUUGGUACCUCAAAAAUUUUAAUUUCUACUGAUUGAUCUCCACAUGAAAUUUUCGCAAUACCUGUGAGAAAAUCAAUAUUCAUCUUUGUUGUAUGCAAAAAUGGUCUCCCUAGGAUGAUUGGUGUAUCAUAAAACUGUCCAUAAAAUCCAUUUCCAGCACUACAAAAUCAGUUGGAAAUUUACACCCUUUAACUGUUACUAUCACAUUUUCUAAAAUACCUUUAGGAUGUUUUAUGGAUCUAUCAAUAAAUUGUAAGGUAACAGUAGAAGGUUUAAGAUCAGAAAUAUUAAAUUUAUCACAAAUACUUGUAGGUAAUAAAUUAAUACUAGCACCGGUGUCAAGUAAUGCAUUCUGAAAAGUGGAUCCACCAAUAUCACACGAAAUUAAAGGGGCACCUGUAUCUCUCAAUUUAUAUGGUAAUUGAUUUAAUAAUAAUGCACUAGCAUGCAUAGAUAAUUUUUCUACUCUAGGUUCCCUUUUUGGUGUACACAUUUCUUUCAAAACUCUAGCAUAUUCAAGAAUAUGUUCAAUGGUAGUGAGUAAAGGAAGACUAAUUUGCACAUCUUGUAAAAUUUUCUUUAUUUCUUCAUUGUGUUCCUUUUUCUUUCUUUGUCUAGGCUCUAGAGCUUUAGGAAAUGGAAUGGUUGUCCUCUCUUUCGAAAUUUCCUUGGUAGAAUCUAUAAAAUCUUCUUCUACUCCUAUUUGAUUUUGUUUUGGGUUGUCCACAUUUUCUUUUUCUUCUAAUGUUUGGGGAUAAGGAUCAGGUAAGAUCUUACCACUCCUUAAUGCAUUCACUGUCCUAACAUUUUCAUUUCGUGGGUUUUUUCCUAAAUUCAUGCUACUAGACUCCCCUUGCUGAAAUCCUAUUGUUGGGCGGUUCCCUGGAUUUUCUACGGGCUGACUAGGUAGCUGUCCCUCUUCUCUCUUAUUCCCAAGGACCUCUAUAAUUUGUUUCUCGUGCUGCAUCAUUUGAUUCAUAGUUUGUUGCAUCAUUUGAUUCAUAGUUUGUUGCAUAAUUUGGCUCAUUUGCUGCAUCAUUUCCAUAGCAUCAGGUUGGAUUUGAGAGGGCUCAUUUUUUUGAAAUCUGUUUUCUUGUUUUGGAUGAAAUUCAGAGUUUGAAUUGGGUCUAAGUGCUUCUAGAUUUUGAAUAUUAUUUGGGUCUCUCCAUGAAAAAUUAUUCCUCCAAUUAAGAUUAUAAGAAUUUAAAAAAGGUUCCCUAUUUCUAUUAAAACCGUGAGCUACUUGCACUUGUUCUUGCUUAGGGUGAAAUGAUUGAUUUAAAUUAUAACAUUGAAAUUCAGAAUAAUCAUUUUCACCAUACAUAGAACAUGUACUAUUUGAAUUAAAUUGAGGGUUAAGAGGCUUUCUAAUAUUGUCAAUAAGCAAAUCAAGUUUUUCUAAUCUUUGAUUAAUCUGAUUAACCUCAUUUCUAAGUUUAGAAUCAUCAUCAUGAUACAAUUCAUAAAUUCCUCUCUUCUUAUCCCUGUCAUAUAAUUCAAAAGAGGCUUGAUCUCUAGAAUUUUCACUUAAAUUCUCAUAAAGACUGUAAAUCUCAUCAGGGGUUUUCUCCAUAAAAGCUCCUCCACAUAUAGAAUCAACCAUAUUUCUAUGUUGUUCUAAUAAUCCAUCAUAAAAAAUUUUAUUGAGCUGCCACUUGGGUAUAGCAUGAUGAGGACACUUUCUAAGUAAAUCUUUCAAUGUUUCCCAUGUCUCAUGUAAAGUUUCUCCUGGUCUUUGAGAAAAACUCCAUAUAUGUUUUCUCAUAUUUUGGGUUUUUCCUAAGGGAUAAAAUUUUCGAAGAAAGGCCUGUUCUAUGUCUUUCAAGCUAGUUAAUUCUCUAUCUAAUGUGGAUAGCCAAUGGCUAGCUUUGUCCCUAAGUGUAUGAGGAAAUAAUUUCAUCUUAAUAAUUUCCGGUGUAACUUGAGGAAGAUUAACUAAAUCACAGACCAUAUGAAAUUUUUCUAAGUGCUGAUGAGGUUCCUCUAAAAGCAAUCCAUGAAAAUUAGGGAGCAUUUGAAAAAUUCUUGGAUUUAUUUCGAAUUUAACAGUGGGUGCUAAUGGGACUCUAAUAUUUGAUGCUCUUUGAAAUGAAUCAGGGAUAUAAUGAUUUUUCAUGGCCAUAGGAUUGUUCUCAGUUUGACCUGUACUUCCUUCAGGAUCCAUCAAAAUUAACUUUUCUUUCGGAUUUUUAGUCUUGAAUGAAAUAAUGAAAGGAUUUUCUAGCCUUGGAUGCAAGGAUCUUCUACCAUGCAUAAAAAAAAUCAAUAAAUUUGAGGGAAAAAUUUAGUAAUUGUUACCCUCCUUCAGUAUGCUCCAGUCCUUGCCUUGCUUCUUCUUGUUCCCUUUUUCUUAAAAAAAAAUCAGCAAAAAGAAAAUAAAACAAGAGUUAAAUUUUUUGUGUACUCUAAGAGAAAAAUAGAAAAAUACUAAAUAUUAUGCAAUACAUCCCCGGCAACGGCACCAAAAUUUGACGUGACUCAAUCGUUGUAUAUUAAAUCAUGCAAAUUUAAAAUUUAUAAAACUAGAAAAUAUGAAUUUUCAAAUAUUUAGAAGUAUUUCUGAACAAAUAUAUCAAUUAUAAUUCAAUAAAACUUCCAAAAAUAGCGGUAAUUUUCCAAGUCGAUCACAUGGAUGUAAUAUAAUAUAUGGUAAUUAUUCAGAAUUUUUCUCAAUGAAUAUGAUUUUCUAUAAAUUGUAUACUAGGAAAUGAAAAGGAAAUAUAUUUAAAAUUCAUGAAAAAGGGAAAUAAGGGUGCGGACGUCAAGAUGACGUCAGCACCCGGCGAACGCGAAUCGGGCAGAAACAGAGUUCCACUCGGCGAUUCUUACAUAAGCGAUUACGACGAUUUAAUUAAUCAAAUUAAGAUCUGUAAAAGCUGGACAAAUUGUAAUAGAACAAAAUAUAUUUUGGUAAAUUAAAAUCACAAAAACUAUCACUAAAUGAAGCGUAAAGUAAGUUGAAAGUAGGAAAACAAAGUUCCGGCAUCGCGACGGCGAUGCGUCGGCGAUGCAUCGGAAUCCUGAGCGUUCGGGAGGAUCAUCGCGUAGUGUCCACGGCCUCGAAGCCUCUCCUUGGACAAAGACGACGUGGGCAAUCUCUAGAUCUUCUCGCGAAGUCUAGAGAUUAAUGAAAUAGGUCGUCGAGUCAUCUCCGGCGGCUGUCACCUGGCGGAGCGGAAAAAUGGCGACUUUGCAGCUCUCUGGCGACUGUCACCUGACGGAGAGGAGUUGAAUGGAGGUGGGGUGUGUGUCAGGGAGCUUCAUCCUCAGGUCUGCGCAACAAGAGGAGGCUCUUCAUCGCAUCUGGUACGCUCUCAGGAGGUGGCGACUCGUCUCCCGGCGGAUCAUCCGCUUCCCGACGAUGGCCUGUUUGUCGAUCAAUUGGAGAUGA